GCUGAACGUGUCCACUCGUCCCCCGGUGCCGUGUUCGAUUCCCCGGGUGGUGGUGAAGCACAGGAGGCGGGAGGAUGAGCACCGGAGCCGGACUCGACUACAGCGUGUGGGACCACAUCUACGUGUCCGAUGACGAGGACGCGGUCCACCCGUACGUGGACACACCGAGUCUCUUCCGGAUGAGACACCGGACGCGCUUGGAGAGAAUGGCUGAGUUUCAGCAGAAGGGGGAAGAUCUGGAGAACAACCUGGCUGAAUGCAAGAGGCUGUUCGAGGAAGCCCAGGGACGACUGAGAGAGCUGGAAGAAGGACGGAAGGAGGGAGAGGAGGAUGAGGAUGAGGAGAGGGAGGCCGAGCUGAAGAAGCUCCAGGCUGAGGCCAGAAAACUGAAGAAGGAUGAAAAGACGUUUGCGAACCUGUUGAAAGAACACCAGCGAGAGGAGAAGAAACUGCCCUGGAACGUGGACUCCAUCAGCAAAGACGGUUUCAGCAAAAGUAUUGUGAAUAUCCAGCCUGCAAACAAGCAGGAAACGGAUGCGGAAAAGGUGGAGAAGCAGAAAACCUUUGCGGAGAAGCACGUGGAGGAAAUCAAGCACUUUGGGAUGCUGCGGCGGUGGGACGACAGUCAGAAGUAUCUGUCAGACCACCCCCACCUGGUGUGUGAAGAGACGGCCAACAGCCUGGUCGGCGCCUGCAUCGACUUCGAGGUGGACGAGAAACAUGCACUGAUGGAGCAGGUGGCGCACCAGGCCAUCGUGAUGCAGUGUAUCUUGGAUUUGGCUCGGACCCUGAAGGUCGACCCCAGAGGCUGCUUCAGGCAGUUCUUCUCAAACAUCAAGACUGCAGACCAGACGUACCAGGAUGCAUUUCAACACGAGCUGGAGCUGCUGAAGGAGCGGGUGCGCAGCUGUGCACAGAUUCGUAUGGAGAGCGCCUUGGAGGAGGAAGAGCGGGAGGUGGAGGAGGAGGAGGAGGAGGAGGAGGAGGAAGAGGAGGAAGAGGAGGAGAGGCAGGAGAAGAGACUGGGCCCCGGGGGUUUAGACCCUGUAGAGGUCUACAAAUCGCUGCCUGAGGAAAUACAGAGGAGCUUUGAUGAGAAGAACAUCCAGAAGCUGCAGCAGGCGAUUAACAAACUGCACCCGGAGGAAGGAAAAUACCACCUGAAGAGAUGUAUUGACUCUGGAUUGUGGGUGCCAGAGUCAGGAGAGGGUGAUGAUGAGGAGGAUGAGGAUGAAGAGGAUGAGGACGAGAGCUAA